UGUUGGAAGCAUCUUCUUGGAGUAUUUUGUGAACUGUGGUUUGUGAAUUUGCAUGGUUUGGAAGAGGAGACCCUUCCCCGCCAGGAGACCUGGGGUAAGGUGGGAGUGGGCCACAGCCGGCUGUACCCCUCCUUCCCAUGCCCUCACUUCCAGACUCUAAGGCGUUCUUCUCCCUGGGCCUCUGCCAGCCUAUGUUAGCGUCUGGAGUGCAGUCGCAAAUUCAGAUGCCUUAAGGGGAGCAGAAACUCAAGUGUAAGGCAGCAGGUCCCCACCCCCUGCCAGAAGAAUUGGGCCUGUGUCGAGGGACAGAGUGCCCCGAUGCCAACAGCAGCUAAAACAAACCUAGGGGCUGCGGGGCCGGUGCACUGGACCAGCCUCAAGUCUGCGACUCUGCCUUUCAGGCAGCCGAAGGCAGAAGACCAAGAAAUCCCCGACGCUGGCACAGGGAAUGUACAGGUCCCCACAGCAGCCUAGAAGACUGCCCACACAGGACCCAGGAGGGGAGCAGGGCUGCAGGACACAGAAGGGGAGGCCUCAGCAGCCCGCCCCCCCACUGAGCCCAAGGGAGCCAGCAUCCAUCAAAGGCGUAGGGGCUGAGCAGUGCUCCCAAAGGCCCAGGGAGUUCAAGCGCCUUGCAGCUGCCAGCUCAGUGCGGUCAGGCUCCGGGUCUCAGCGCUCUGCAGAGGAGAGCCUGCUGCCCCUGACAGCCCGGCUGCUGGCAGCGUUCCAGGAGAUCUUCAAACUGUUCAGCUCCGGCCCGACAGGCUCUGUGGACAUGCGCAGCAUGAAAGCCACCCUGCGCAAUGUGGGCAUCCAGCUGAGCCCACAGGAGAUGUGUGAGGCCCUGCAGCAGGCAGACUUGGAUGGUGAUGGAACCGUAAGCUUCAAAGACUUCCUGGGUGUCCUCACUGACAGCUACCGCCUGGCUCAGUGCUUGGGCCAGGUGAGGAACAGCCAGUUCUGGGACCCCCAGGGCCUGCAAACCCUGUUCUUAGAGAUGCUGUUCAAGCUGAUGAACCAGGGCCUCCUGCCUCACAGGGUGGUGCAGGAAGUGAUGAGCUACUACACCAAGAAGCAGCGGGCUCUGCAGCUGAACCCCGGCUGGAAGGGCGGGUCCCGAGGGCGCAGCAGCGCGGGGCGCCCUCACGUGGGCCUCACCUUCUUCUGCCAGGCCGCGCGUCUCAGCGGCCUCUCCAGCGCCGAGCUGGAGCGCUCCCUGCACAGACUGCACAAAGCGGGUGCGCACAGCCCCUACUCUCAGAUACCUAACUUGGCCGUGUGGACACCCCCAGAAGACGUGAUGGGGCACCGAGUCCCGCGCCCCAAUGUCCGACUUCCCAAGUCCUGCCACUCCAGCCGCCACAAGCUCGUGCCCACCCAGAGGUCGCUUAGCCCGGAGUUCGUGGGCCAGCCACUAGACUAUCUGCGCCUCUCGAGGAUGAUUCCCUCCCCCCCAACUCUAGUGCAGAAGCAGCCCUACUCCCCUUCGCCAGCCUGUUUGCAGAAACCUGCUAUGAAAAAGUAAAGCGUUUGCGGAGCAGAACAGCCUGCGUGUGGUGGGGCGGGCAC